AUUUGUAAUUUUUUUUUAGUAAACAUUUCUUUGAUAAAUCAGGAGAAACCGAGAAAGAUUUUACUAUGAUUUUACUAUGAGACUUUCUCUUAACAAGAGUGGAAAUGCUCCGAAAAACCCUUCUUCUCAAAACAAAACGAAAUCAAAUAACUCAGGAUCAUCAAGCAAGAUAUUCUCCAAUUUCUUUAUUAAACCGAAAGAUAAGAAGUCCGAAUGUGGUGAUAAAUCUAAAGAAAGGGAUACGACCAGAAAACAUGGUUUCACCGUGCCUUUCUCUAAACCAGUAAAACCACUUCGAGGAAAUGAAAUCCCCUUUGGUAAAGCAACCAUUUUUCGACAAAUUGACAAAGAAAUUAAAAUUCCAACUGAAACCAAGAAUAUGAUAAUAGAUCACGGCAAACACAACCUUGGAAUCUGGAGUCAAAUAUCUGGACUCUUUCACACCAUUGGGAAAUAG